CUCUCUUCGUCACCAAAUCAUUCCAAUCUCGAAGAUCGAUUAUCAACGAAUAGAACAACUCUCUGAAUUCAAGAAAUCUCUCUCUGAACUCCUCAAAUCCCAAACAGCCAUGUCUGGACUGCUCAACAUGCUCCUCCUACUGAGUUCCCUCCUCUCUCUGGGCCUGGCCCAGGACAGCUGCAACUGCUCUGCCGGGCUGGAAGAUCUGCAAGUGAUUCAAGAUAAUGUGAUGAAGCUGAAAGACGACCUUGAGGCUGUGGCGGCCCUCAUUCAAUGCCCUGACACCACCAGCCCACCACCUCUUGGCUCACAGGAAAACCCCGCCCAGUCCUGCGCUGAUAUCCCCUCCACACAACAGGACGGCAUGUAUUACGUCACUAACUCCACCAACUCUAGCGUAGAGGUCUACUGUGAUACAGAUAGGAGUCAGUGUAGCUGCAAUACUGGAGGGUUUAUGAGGGUGGCCGAUUUCCACGCAUCUACUGAUGACUGCCCUGAUGGGUUUCAACUCUUGGAGAGGAACUCUGCCCCCACUCGAUUGUGUAGAAGAAACAGUAAUACACCGGUUUGCAGAUCUGUGAUAUACCCAACGCAUGGUGUCGAGUAUUCUCGUGUGUGUGGUCGUAUCAUUGGAUAUCAAUGGGGCAAACCCAAUGCAUUUGAUACGAGCGUGACAGCGUCCAUCGACGAGGAUUACCUUGACGGUUUUAGCUUGACACAUGGUUCUUCUCCAAGGAGUCACAUUUGGUCUUUUGCUGCUUCAACGCAAGAUAGCGCUGGACUAAAUUCUGGAUGUCCUUGCACUACAAACUCUGUAAAUUAUCCGUCUUUUGUGGGUGAAGAUUAUUUCUGUGAGAGUGGAAGAGAUGUUGGUGGCAGGACAGACGACAGUGAUGCCAACCAGCCAUUUCAGCAUCACCAUGAUGCACUCUGGAAUGGUAGGGGGUGUAGUGGUAUUGCCACGUCAUGUUGCGAUCGUGGCUCCGUGUUUUGCAAGACCUUCACCACGCCCACUACAGACGAUAUCGAGUUGAGGCUUUGUCUGGACGACCCACAAAGCAACAAUGAUAAUGCUGAAGACAUUCGACUUAAGCGUGUGGAGAUCUAUGUUCAGUAGCUAGUGGCGAGAAACAGAGUCAUGGAACAAAAGUAGAAUUCACAUAGUUUAGGAACUUUUGAGCUGAACAUAUAUUAUACUAGUAGUAGGAAGGAACAUUUUGCGUACUUUGAUCUCUGAGCCACUUCUGUAAAUGAAUGAAAAAUUUGUUAAUCAUGAAA